AUGACGUCGCCUCAGUUUCGGAAAACUGCCAGCCGCAAAAUGGGAGGAGCGGUCUUCGGCAGAGUUUUGAUGUUGUGGUCGUUCCUGUAUCAAAUGCAAAAAUGUCUGGGUCAGGAAGAAUCCAAUUUUGUCAUGCUUGUCUGGCAUGACUCGAGCAUCUGUGUUGCAUAGGCACGAAAAGGCCUUAUUACCUGUCAUGCAAAAGCGCAGCUUACCAUGCCAUGCGGAAUACGUAAGCCAUGGAAGCCAAAAAAUUUGUCAACAUGCAUAGCUGCGUAUUGCAGUGCGUCUAUCAUUCACUUUUAGCAUUACAAGUUUCCAGACCCAGACAUAUUUGCAAUCCAUAUCCUGUUGGGUUCGUCGCUUUUCGGGUCGGCGUUGGAAAAGUCACACUAUCCUGUGCAAAAGUAUCGUACUCGUAUUGCAAUCAUGCGUUACAAAUCCUUUUGCUAAGGUAAAUCUGCAUUACAAAUUUUAUUUCUCAUGCUGAGAAAAUUUGUAAUGCAUUUAUACGAGUACGAUACUUUUGCAGUUCAUACACGCGUCUCAUCUGGGCCUCGUGUGGGGAGGCAUUCCGCGGGACGCGCGCACGUGGUUGCGGUGCACCGCCAGCCGUCUGACGGCCAUGGUGGUGAUUCACUGCCGCUACCGGCUUCGUCUGGGUCUCGUGCUCGAGCUCGUGUGGGGCUGGGGGGGCCGGGGCGCGGCUCCGCUGCGGUGCGCCAGCCGUCUUCUUCCAGGGAGGACGGAUUCGUCGACUUGGAACUGGGUGGUAACCUCCACAGUGCAGCAGGUAGGGCGUCUGCAAGUCGAGUUUCGGAGAGGAAUGGACUUCUCUUGCGCGCUGCUGGAAGCGCUGCUAGCGCUGCUCUCACUCUUGGUGAGGCUGUUGGAAGGCGCGCUCUUAGCGCUGCUAGCAGGGUUGGUGAGGCUGUUGACCGGUUCAAUUUAAGUGACGACCAGGAAAUAGAGGACCUGCGCGAGUUUAACGCCUUCGAGCAGAAACUCGCCGACUGUUGGGACAAUAAUUCCGAUGGAGCAGUCUCUUUGAAGUCGUUUUGGUUCGGUCCGCAUCAUAGAGCCUCCCUGUUCAAUAAGUUGCCGCCGCCGGAGGAGGCGAUCCAGAUUGGGAUUGAUAUCGCCCCCCAGGAAGAGGCUCGAAAGUUGUGGGAGGCAGUUGGCGACUUAGUCAAAUCUUUCCAUUUCCCGAUACUGCGAGACAUCAUCGAAGGGAGAGUCAGUGCUGCCGGCCUACGCCCCCGAGGUGGGGAUCGCAGCCACGUAGAGUUGCCGUUUCGUGACGAGUCUCGGACAUGGAGCAAGCUGCUCAUGUCUCGGACAUGGAGCAGAGAUUCUGGGCCUCUGGCUGACAAGAGGUUGCUGCCCCAGAACAUUCGACAGUCGACAGAGGGUAAGUUCGUCCCAUAUCUUGUGCGAAAUUACAACGACACUUAUUGGGAUGCGAUCCUGGGCACGGACAAUGUCGAGGAAGAGGAUCCUAUUCUGUUUGCAGCAGACGUGUCGGACAGGGCUGAUGCAAACAGAGAAGCCGCAAUCAAGGUUGGACCUCAAGGGAUGCGUGUGGACGAUAUCUACUACGAAGAUUCCUCGAAUGGCACAAGUACGGCGGUGAAGAAAAUCAGUUGGACUGUCGACUACGACUUCCGGUGGGGGUAUACCCCCCUUUGCAAAUUCUCUCCGCGUAUUUCCUACCGUUCGCGAUGGAAGUGGAGCUUUUUGGUGGACUUUGUCGAGUCGGCGCCUCGCCUUCUGAGAGUUGACAUCGAAGAGUUGGACUUCAAGGCCUACGAAAUUGAACGUCCUCACCAAGGCCUCGAAGUUGAACGUCGCGAGGCUGUCCCUUUGCGUUCGCUCCGCCUUUCCUAG